CCCGACACAUCCACAUCACCAACGCAAACAUGGCCCGCCUCCAGGGUUCUGUCCUGCUUUUGCUCUUGUGCUUGGUCGCACUCGUCUGCGCCUGGUCCCCCGAGGGUGCGCCUGCUGAAUCCAAUCACGACUGCAUCCGUACUGACAGCUGGCAGNACCACGAAAUUUUCCGUCUCCAGGACGAGGUCGCCCAGCACGAAGGCAGCAAUGCUACCUUCUACUCUUUCCUGGGCGUAAAGGACUUUGCCGGCCUUGACGCCAUCAAUGCUGCCUACAAGAAGAAGGCCCGCGUCUUGCACCCCGACAAGGCCCGUCAACGUUUCAUCGCGACCUACGACUCUGCCCCUCCUGUCAAGAAGACUAAGAAGGGAGACAAGCCCACCGUCCACGUCAAAAAGAACAAGAAGCCUUCGCAAAAGGAGAUCAAUGCUUUCGGCAAGGAAGCCUCUGCUCGCUUUGCCCGUCUCGGUAUAGUGACCAACAUCCUCCGUGGCCCUGAGCGCCAGCGCUACGAUCACUUCCUCUCCAACGGCUUCCCCAAAUGGCGUGGUACCGGCUACUACUACGAGAGAUUCCGUCCCGGUCUCGGCUCCGUCUUGAUCGGUCUCUUCAUCUUCCUCGGUGGUGGUGUUCACUACAUCACUCUUUACAUGAACUGGAUGAAGCACCGCGACUUUGUCGAGCGCUACAUUCGUCAAGCCCGUCGUAUUGCUUGGGGCGACGAGGUCCGUGGCAUCGCUGAGGAAGAACCUCAAGCCAUGAACUGGAACAGAAAGGAGAAGCGUGCUGCUGAGCACGUGCUGCAAAGAAACNCAAAGCCCAUGAGAGCUGCUAUUGCCGAGCAAGCAAAGACUUCCGGCAUUAGUACCCCUGUCGAGGCUGAACUUACCAGUGGUCCCGUUGGCGCAAAGAAGCGCACCAUUGCCGAGAACGGCAAGGUACUCAUCGUUGAUAGUGUCGGCAAUGUCUAUCUUGAAGAGCGUACUGCCGAAGGCGAACUUCACGAGUUCCUCUUGGAUGUCGACGAAAUUCAAAGACCCACCAUCAACGAUACCUUCUUGGUCCGCCUUCCUAUCUACCUCUACAACAAGUCUCUUGGUACUGUUCUCGGCAAGAAGACUUCUGAUGCCGAGAUGGAGGAAUUGCUCGAGGGUACUGAGGAGGCCGAGGGCAUUGACGAAGCAACCGCCACGCUCAAAUCCGCAGCCCAGCCCAACGGCAAUGCCGAGACCCGCAAGAGAAAGCUCAAGCCCAGCAAGUCAAGAUCUAGU